AUGGUAUCGUCUAAAGCUCUCAUUUCACUCGCAUCGCUCGCCGCCGGAGCCAGCGCGGUGAGCAUCCACAAACGCGAUUAUGACACCGGCAUCAAAUGGGGUCCUUGCAAAUUAAACACCACUCUCCCCGUACAAUGCGCCAAACUACCCGUUCCCCUCGACUACACCGAUAAGACUUCGAACAAGACUCUCACCCUUGACCUUAUCAAGUAUCCGGCUACAAAAGGCCCGAAGCGUGGGAGUAUCUUACUUAACUUCGGCGGUCCAGGACAAGAUGGGACAACCGGAGGUUACCAUGAUUUAGUUAGUUGGGAUCCGAGAGGAACCGGUCAAACCAUCCGAUUCUCAUGCUGGCCCAAUGACACGACAAACUACUACGCCGCCAUGGGCCAAACACGAGCCGGGGCCGCGGAUACAGCCGUGGGCAAACUAUGGGCUGAAAGCGAGAUUAUCGCAGAUCAGUGCUACCUUCAACAGAAAGAAACUGGUAAUUUCGUCGGUAUGGCAUUCGCUGCUAGGGAUAUGAUGUCCAUCGUCGAUGCACUUGGCGAGGAUGGUAUGCUGAGAUACUGGGGCAUUUCUGGAGGUACGGCGAUGGGCGCGACUGUUGCGGCUAUGUUCCCCGAUAGGGUGGACAAAGUUGUGCUUGAUGGCGUAAUGAACUCGCACGAGUACUACAACUCUUAUGGUGAACCAGAGAUGGUCGCAUCAGCCGACGGCAUCUGGGAGGAAUUUAUGCGGGGCUGCAUCGCGAAACCUGAAAACUGCCCUCUGGCCAAGAACCGAACUUACGAGGAAUUAGAGGCAGCUAUGGACUCGCUUUGGAAAAUGUUCCGCGACAGCCCACCGGCGUACAACGGCUCGGCCGUGCUCGACUACUCGGGUUUCGUCGGACAUAUCUAUAUCACCAUGUAUAGGCCCUCCGAUUGGCCCUCCCUAUCUCGCGCUCUCGCCGACAUUCUCGAGGGCAAGUACGACGCAUACGUGAACCGCCUGCUCGACGGUGGCAUUCCGUCGCAGGACCAAGCUGUCUUGGGUAUCCGAUGCGGCGAUAAGAAACAGCGAACGGACAAUAUUGAAGACCUCGCGGCUGUCAUGGAGCAGUACCGCCAGACCAGCAAGUGGUUCUGGGACUUCGCUUGGGGCUACUACAUGAUGCCGUGCGCACAGUGGAAGUUUGAGGCUGCGGAGCGGUACGAGGGUGAUUUCCAGGUUAAGACCAAGAACCCCUUGCUAUUCGUUGGAAACAGCUAUGACCCCGUGACUCCUCUUGUUUCCGCUAAGAAUAUGAGCUCGGGCUUCGAGGGUAGUGUAUUGUUGACGCAUGAUGGUCAUGGCCAUCUUUCUCUCACUCAACCGUCAAACUGCACCAACAACUUUAUCCAAAACUACUUCCUCGAGGGAACCUUGCCGAAGCCAGACACUGAAGAAAUAUACCAGAAGCAGCUGCAGGAUUCAAUACCGAGCGAGCUAGACCGAGAGGAACCACAGGAGGAGCAACAGGAGGAACAGCACGAAGAACAACAGGAAGAACAACAGGAAGAACAACAGGAAGAACAACAGGAAGAACAACAGGAAGAACAACAGGAAGAACAACAGGAAGAACAACAGGAAGAACAACCGGAGGAACAACAAGAGAAACAGAAAGAAGAACACCAAGAACACCAAGAGGAACACCAAGAGGAGCAACGCGAGAAACAACGCCUCAAAAUGUUGACCACUCUAAGUGAACUUCAACGUACCAUGGAUCCCUGGAUAGCAGCCCAAGUCUAUAACAACAAGCACAAUCUACUCUGUAGACUUCCAGAAGAGCUUUUAUGCCUCAUCAUCCACUACUCGAGCGGCGAUAUACUAUCUUUCUAUUGCCUGCGAUGUGUCUCGAGAACAUUUAGGCGCAUAAUAUAUGAUCACGAUAUUUGCAAAGCCAUAAAUAAAAAAAUUCUGAGUACUGAGAAUCUACCGAGGCAUAACCCAGACUUAUAUCACCAACUCCGCAAGCGCCUACAGAGAGACUUGAUGUGCGACAAGUGCAAAGAUCAUCCCGAAAAGAUUAAUUAUAGAAGUGAGAUACGCUGUAAGUUCACCCCCAUAUUGCCCGAGGACCAGCUAUUCUGCAAUGCUUGUCGCAUGGAUCACGUCCUAUUGUCUUUUUCCCCUUCCAACUUGGAUGUCGGCAAACAGGACCGAAAGUGUAUAGAUCACGAAGGGGCCGUACAACUUUGCGAGCACAUCCAUAUCACUUGGGCUACCAUUAAAUCUCAUAUCGCUCUCUGGCAGAGAAAGAGGCCUGGGGACUGGCAAGCUUGCUUCGACAAUUUCCUGAUUGAAUGUCACGAUCCUAGCCAUGAUACCUACUGCACUACUGAUGGGGCCCCGACUUGGCCACAAGCUCGCUUAAAAUCCGGCGGACGCCCCUUAGACGAUGUGGUGGUUCUCAAUUUAAAGUGGCAACCCCAUAGCGGUCUCGACGCUUUUACUGUUACCCCGGGUGGAAAGUAUCUACUUCGAAGCUGA